AGCCGCGGAGAGCAGCGGUCCGGCGGUUGUGGGCUGCGAGCCGAGAGCGUGAGCGUCGGGGGUCCGGACUGUGCACCGGGCGCCCCGGGGAGUGGGAGCUUCGGGGAGGAGGCAGAACCAGGUCAGCGCUGAGCCCGGCCGGAUGGGCAGCACAGUAGGGCCAGAGCCCGGGGAUCCCCGGGGUGGCUGAGCCGGCCCAUGGCGGCAGGUGCCGGCGCCUUCGCAUGGGCCACCUUCCCUGCCAUGCCCACGAGGCGUGUGUACUGCAGUGCCACGCACCGCGAUGGGCAGCUCUUCGUGCUGGGCGGCUGUGGGGGCGGCGGGAGAGCUCUGGGUGCUGUCGAGGUGCUCGACCUCCUGGCACAGCGUUGGACCACUCUCCCACCACUGCUCACACCGCGGGCUGGCGCCGCUGCCCUCGCCCUGGGCAAGCAGAUCCUGGUCGUGGGUGGUGUGGAUGCGGCGCAGAGCCCCCUCGCCUCUGUCGAGGUCUACCACGUGGAUGAGGGCAAGUGGGAGAAGAAGGCGGCUCUGGCUCAGCCCUCCAUGGGCAUCUCGGCUGUACAGAGAGAUGGGGCUGUCUAUGCAUUGGGGGGAAUGGGUGCAGACACCUCUCCCCAGGCACUGGUUCGCGUCUAUGAGCCGGCAAAGGACCACUGGCAGCCCCUGCCCUCCAUGCCCACUCCUUGCUAUGGGGCCUCCGCCUUCUUGCAGGGCAACAAGAUCUUCGUUCUGGGGGGUCGGCAGGGCAAGCUGCCUGUCACUGCCCUUGAGGCCUUUGACUUGGAGACGAGGAGCUGGACACGCUACCCCAGUGUCCCCAGCCGCCGCGCCUUCGCUGCCUGUGCCAUGGCUGACGGCGUCAUCUUCAGCCUUGGAGGGCUGCAGCAGCCGGGGCCCCACAACUUCUAUUCCCGCCCCCACUUCGUCAACACAGUGGAGAUGUUCGAUCCUACGCAGGGUGCAUGGAGCAAGCCAAGCCGUGCUGUCCGCAUGAGGGAGAAGAGAGCUGACUUCGUGGCUGGCUGCCUGGGAGGAAGAGUGGUGGCUGUGGGUGGCCUCGGGAACCAGUCCUGCCCACUGGUCUCAGUGGAAGGGUUCAGCCUCUCGCAGAAGAAGUGGGAGCCACUGCCCCCCAUGCCCACUGGCCGCUGCUCCUGCUCCAGCUGUCCAGCACCCAGCCUGCUCUUCAUCAUUGGCGGGGUAGCCCAGGGUCCCAGUGGUGCUGUUGAGGCUCUAUGCCUGCGUGAAGCACCCUGAGCAGGGCCCUGAGGACCAGCCUUGGCCGAGCACCAAGUGCCUGAAGACAGGGACAGGGUGUGUAAGCACCUGUGUGUGCGGGUGACCUGGCCUUGGGGAGCCACCAUCCUGUGACGCUGGGUGCAGAAGCAGUCAAGGUUCCUCACCGUGCUUCAGAAAUUCCUCUUGGCUCCUGCACUGCUGUGAUAAUGGAGCCCAGGGCAAGAAUCCUGCCUGAUGGAAGGGCUGUGGCUGGCAGCAUGGAGGGAGCAGUGGCGGCAGGACUGUCACUGGCCAUGCUGCCCUGUCUGGCCCUGCCAUGCUGCAGCGUGUCCGUGCCAUGUGUGUAGCAGUGAGUGCUGUGUCGUCAUAGACCCAGUUGAUGUCUCAUGUAGCACAGAGGUGCCCUGUAGCUCAGUGCCUAGGAGGUGAUGUAGCACCUCAAAUAAAUGAAAGACA